ACUGUGUUGUGUUUCUUCUCUCCCUUUCCCCGGCCUAGCGCCAGCCGAUAGUCGACAGUGUGGCUGUGUAAAACCUAUAAGCCGAUACAGUGUUCAAACCUUUCUUUACACUCAUCGUUAAGGAAGAAACACACAUAAAAAAAAAAGCUGUUACAGAAAGAUUUAUCCAAAGGAGUGUUUACCCGACAAAUAACGUUUACAAGCAGUGCGUGUUGCUAUUGUGUCCCGUCAGAGUAAGUUUUUAUACUUGUUUACUUUCCACAAUUUGGCGUGUGACAGCGACGAAGGAUCCAUGUGAUCGCUGUGUCACUAUGACUUGCAGCUGAUGGCCAUGGGGCUGCCUGAGUUGUCUUAUCUGGGCAUGGUCAAGAAGUUCCUCAUCGUCCUCAUAGCCGUCUGUGAGGCGAACGACGAUGCCAAGCGCCUGUACGACGACCUCCUUCUGAAGCACGGCUACAACAAGCUGAUCCGGCCGGUGGGCAACAACUCGGACAAGCUGGUGGUCAAGAUGGGCAUCCGGCUGUCCCAGCUGAUUGACAUCGACGAGAAGAAUCAAAUCAUGACGACUAAUGUCUGGCUACGUCAGGAAUGGACUGACCAUAAGCUGGCCUGGCGGACAGCAGAAUAUGGUGGAGUGGACCAUCUGUAUGUCCCGUCACAAAACAUCUGGCUACCCGAUAUCAUCUUGUACAAUAACGCAGAUGGUAAAUACGAAGUGACCCUUAUGACCAAGGCCACUGUCUACGCCAACGGUCACGUGGUCUGGGAGCCGCCAGCCAUCUACAAGAGCUCCUGCAUGAUAAACGUGGAGUACUUCCCUUUCGAUGAACAAAAAUGUUCUAUGAAAUUUGGCUCAUGGACUUACGAUGGGGAUCAAGUUGAUCUGGUCCAUCUGUGUGCAAAGACCAAUGUCCCCAAUAUUACCAUAAAAAACGGCAUUGACUUGAGAGACUUUUACGCUAGCGUAGAGUGGGACAUCCUGGAAGUGGAGGCGGUCAAGAAUGUCCGAAACUAUCCCUGCUGCACGGAGAAGUAUCCGGACAUCACAUUUAGCGUCCUAAUGAGACGUAAGACUCUGUUCCACACCGUCAAUCUCAUCAUUCCCUGCGUGGCAAUUUCCUGCCUGACUGUCUUAGUGUUUUACCUGCCCUCAGACUCGGGCGAGAAGAUUACGCUUUGCAUCUCCAUCCUACUGUCUCUGACUGUGUUCUUCUUGCUGCUUGCAGAGAUCAUUCCCCCAACAUCCAUCGUGGUCCCUCUUAUUGGGAAGUACCUCCUGUUUACCAUGAUUCUCGUCACCUUGUCCAUCAUCGUCACGGUCAUUGUGCUCAAUGUCCACUUCCGGUCGCCGGCCACGCACUGCAUGUCGCCGUGGGUGCGCCGCGUCUUUCUGAACAUCCUGCCCAGACUUUUAGUCAUGAGGCGCCCCCAUCAGGAGCCGGACGACUUCGCCGAUUCCAAAAAAGCCGUUCUGCGGACUUGCAACGGAUUAAACUUUCGCAGGGGAGAGCAAAGUUUAAGGCCGCAGGUCGGCUACGGCUUUGAUGACAAGUCUCCCAGGUUGAGGGCGGGCCAUCACACGGAGGAGAUGAUGUCCGUGGACUUCAACGAAGAAGUUACCGGCACUAUACGAAGGUCAAGGUACUCCAAGGAAAUCAUGGACGCCAUUGACUCAGUGACCUACAUAGCUGAGCAUUUAAAAAAUGAGGACAGGGAUUCUUCGCUUCCUCGGAUCUGGAGGAGGAAAUACCCGAUGAUGGAGGACUGGAAAUAUGUGGCCAUGGUUCUGGACAGGCUCUUUCUCUGGAUCUUUACCACGGCCUGCGUGGUCGGCACUUUCGGCAUCAUUCUGCAGGCGCCGACGCUGUACGACAACAGAAGCGCCAUCACGCCGAUGGUCUCCAAUGAAAGCUGUUAUUCCGCUCACUCGUCGAGAUAAUAUCAGGUCACGGAGUUCAGAGGUCACGAGGUUGACCAACGACUAGGUCAGAGUUUCACCUAAGGACAUCAGCCAUGGUUUUCAAAACGGUAGUAUUCGAUAGAGUUUCUAUAUUAUUGUGAUCAUUUGUGCCAUUUUAUGUUGGAUUCAAAAUUUCAGCAAGACCCACAGUAUGAAGUAAUUUGUCAUUAAUACUACCCAAUAGACUUAUGAUUCCCUAGAACUGUUUAACAAGUGAAUGAAGGAUGAACGGCAUUUUGUCCGCAAGUGAAUGAUACAUAGAAGCACAGAGAAUAUUCAUUAAGACAAAGUCAGAUUGUGUACAAAGUCAGAUUGUGUACAAAGUCAAAUUGUGUACAUUUACUUUGGAUCUAAAAAUCAUGCAUUGGCAGCACUCAUGAAUCUAUCGAAUGACUUUUUAUUUAAAAACCGGUUCACAUCGACUUAAGAGAAUGUUACAGUAUCAAAUACAUAACAUUUGUCAUUUGUAUAAAAUUCAACUAUGCAUAGCGUCCACUAGAGCAACAAGGGGUCGAAUAUUUGUAGACUAAUGUAGCCAUGUAAUGUAGCCAUGUAAUGUAGCGUUGUGAUGUAGUGUUAGCUUUACAUUGUGAUGCCGUUAUUUCUUUGUUGACACAUUUCUAUCAAGCUUUGUGUGUACACAUUUCAGCAAGCUUCAUUUGUGUAUACACAUUAAGUGGAUCUGUUGUACAGACAUCAGGGACAACGAGGUGCUAAAUCAGUCCAUUAGCACCUAGCACUCUAGCACAAGAAAACGUCAAGCAUAAUUAUGAAUGAAAAGAUUGUGGUUUCAAUUCAAUGACUUUUUAAAAUGACCAUUUUCUGAAUGGAUGCUGAUCUUAACCAGAACUUAACUAAAAAAAAAAACGGAACAUUUCAAAAGUUCAGACUUUGUAUGUCAGUUGAGACUGGAGAUAAUAAUGUUUAUGAGACUUUAAAAUUAAAAUAUAAAUUGACUAGUGUUUAGUACUUUUUAAAAGCCUUGUUAGAUUAGAAGCUGCAAGGAAAGAAAGAAGUUCUGGUAGCAAGUUUUUUUUACAAUUUUGAAAGUUUUGCUGUCGUCUGCCCCAAUGUUUACGAAUAUUAAAAAAAAAAAAGUUUCAGAAGAUCAGAGUUUUGUAUUGUUUAAUUGUUUUAAGGGUUGAAGUCUUGAUUUAGUUUUCCGUAAAGAAUGGAUUAAGAUGGGAGACAUUGGUAAACAGAACUUGUGUGACGCAACAGCUGAUAAUAAGUUUAGGUUUGGUCGUAACUUCUUACAUAUAGAUAAAGUUGUAGGUUGUAAAACAGUUACGUUUUGGAGAACGUGGUUUGGGCGGGGGG